AUGAGGAUACCAAGUGUCUUUAUCUUUCUGCCCGCCCUGGCUGGCCUUUCUACGGCUGUGUCAAACGGCAGUGCCCGCGAACUCACAAUUCAAGCUGAUUAUGAUGCGAUAAUCGUCGGAGGGGGCCCUGCAGGUCUCAGUGCAGCCAGUGGUCUGGCCCGCGUCCGCCGAAACGUUUUGUUGAUCGACUCGGGAGAUUACCGCAAUGCUCUUACUCGGCAUAUGCACGAUGUUAUUGGAUUCGACGGAGUUACACCAGCAUAUUUCCGCUGGUCGGCUCGCAAACAAAUCCUCGAUUACGGCACCGUUGAUUUAGUAAAUGGCACCGUUACCAAAAUCCAGCCAGAAGCCAACAAUUCUUAUUUCACAGUAUCUGCAAAUUAUCCUGGCGAUAAUGAAGUCACUUUCACUUCGCGAAAAGUGAUUCUCGCAACAGGUUUACGGGACUUGCUUCCAUCAACGCCCGGACUUAGGGAGAAUUGGGGCAAAGGGAUUUAUUGGUGCCCAUGGUGUGAUGGACAUGAGCAUGCAGAUCAGCAACUUGGAAUACUCGGGCCUUUUUCUAAAGGUCCUGAUGCAGUUCGAGAAAUCGUCACUCUAAACCGAGAUAUCAUCUUGUUUGUCAACGGGACGGAUACUCCCGAGCAGCGAGCUGUCGCAGAAAAAGGAUUCCCAGAAUGGGAGAAAUAUCUAAAGCUACACAAUGUAAAAAUCGAAAACCGUAUUAUUUCGUCCAUCAGGAGACUUGCCAACGGAACGGUAGGAGAUGAGGAUCCUAGCCUACCAUCUCACCCUGAGCACGAUCUCUUUCAACUCAACUUCGAGACUGGUGAACCGGUGCUUCGCGCGGCCAUUUUGACUAAUUGUGAUACCGCGCAGAAGUCAAAUCUGGGCCAAGAGACCGGUGUGGUAUUAUAUGGUGGUAGACUUGCCGCAGAUAAAAAUAAUGGCUUGGUUACCAAUAUCCAUGGUAUAUUCGCCAUUGGUGAUGCCAAUUCGGACAACGUCACAAAUAUCCCACACGCCAUGUACAGUGGGAAGAAAACAGCUGUCCAUAUUCAAGGUGAGGGAUGGUAUCUCUGCCUUGGUAAUUUUUACUUAUUUGAGCUUGAGAUUGAGAACGCUGAGGCUAAACUUGCAGCUUCAUCAUCUAAGCGAGAUUUGCAAGAUCAUAUGCGGAUCCUGUGGUCGCGCAUGAAUGUACCAGGAGAUGUACUCUACGCUGGAGAAUUUGACCCAUGA